GAAAGUUCUGGUGGGGUGCAACAUGAGUAGGGCUUGAUGAGGAUUCCAUAAAGCCACCAGCGUUCCAGAAUCUAGCAAAAAUGUAAGCAUAACACAAAGGAGAAGAAAAGCUGUGAGAUGAGGAAAAUGAAGCAUCUUUUUUUCCGCGUAAUGCCAGUCGCUAGAAGCCAAGUGAAGGCGGGUAUAAGUAGGAGAGCCGUGACGCGGUGGCUGAUGCAGCGAAGAGCUAGCCGGCGGGCGAUCGAUGGCGAAGGAGUCGGAGGAGAUGAGGAAGGGGCCAUGGACCAAGGAGGAAGACCUGCGGCUCGCGUGCUUCGUGGCCUUGUUCGGCGAGCGUCGGUGGGAUUUCAUAGCCCGAGUCUCAGAGCUGCUGCAGGUCUCAAUCGAACCGGAAAGAGCUGCAGGAUGAGAUGGCUCAACUACCUCCACCCCAGCCUCAAACGCGGCCGCAUGACGCCGCAAGAGGAGGGCCUCAUCCUCGAGCUCCAUUCUCGCUGGGGCAACAGGUGGUCGCGGAUCGCACGAAGGCUCCCCGGCCGCACCGACAACGAGAUCAAGAACUACUGGAGGACUCACAUGAGGAAGAAGGCGCAGGAACAGAGGAAAAGCCUCUCUGCUUUCGCUCCGUCAGCUUCUUUUCCGACGCCGGUCUCGCAGAGUGGACCGCCGCCGGGAUUCACAGAUGAAGGCCAGCUCAGUACUGACACUUGUAGCUGCUCCAUGGAUCAGAUAUGGGAUGAAAUCGAUGUGUCGGAGGAAAUCGCUGCACUGGCGUUCCAUGAAUAAAAGGAUCAAGAUUAAGAAAUUAAAGUUAAUAACGUAUUUGAAUUGAGCUUGAUUUGUAGAACAUAUUAAGGGCUCACAUAUUAAUUUGUUACUUUUGAGCGUGAACAAACGUAUGAGCCAGCUCAAAAGCCUAGAUUUCUCAUCUACUUCUUCUUCUUCUUCU